CUACUAAUUGCUAGGCUCUGUAUAAAAGGUGGUGUUAAACUAUUACUGGGCAUACUAACGAACGAGUUCAAAUGAAUAAGUGAAUAGUUAAGUUUUCGAACGAAUACGAAGUUAUAGUUCCCCAAAAUGAGGAUCACAAUUUUUUUAUUAAUUGUUGGAAUCUGCUUAGUCAGCGCAAAAUAUCUGUCAUACGAAACAAAAGACUCCAAUGUAUUACUAAGAGUUCAAAGGUCAGACAACUCCGACGACUCUUCAAGUUCAGUGGAACAAAAUGAAGAUUCAAGUGAAAAUGAUGACAGUGACGAUGAUGAUGUUGAGCAAAAGGAACUUAAGCAGCAAGAACAGGAAGAUAAAAUGAAAAGAAAAGCUUUAGAGCGUCAAGAAAAAGAGAACCGUAAGAGGGAAGAAGAAAAACGAAAACUAGAGGAGAAACAAGCCAAAGCACAACGCAAGGAAGAAGAAAAGAGAGAAAAAGAAGAGCGGAAACGACUUGAAAGACUUGAAAAAAUAAAACGUAAAGAGGAGGAAAAACUAAAGAAAGAAGAACUUAAGAAGCAAGAAAAACAGCGUAAAGAAAUUGAAAAACUAGAAAAAGAGACAACACAAAUUAAACCUGUAGAUAACGAUUUCUUAGAAACAGAAGAAGAAGAAGAUAAUUCUAUAGAACUAAGUGACGUUUGGAAAGAACAUAUCUAUGUUAAGUAUGGUUUGACUCUAACUAGUACAAAAUUAGAAAAACAGGCAGCAUUAAAUAGAUACCUACAAGAAGAACUUGGUCUUAAUCAAAACAGCACAGAAACAGAACGUUUCCAAGCUGUAGCACAGUUAAUUCAAACUAAAUUGCAAAGUGAUAUUGCUGCAAGAACCGCAUUAAAAAAUCAACUUUUGAGUCACAUUAAUGCUAUAUGGAUUCAAAAAUGGCGUGCGGAUAUUGAAAAAGAUCUUGAAGAGUUAAAAAAUAAAACAGAAAUACUUAAUAACGUAAGCUUACCUUGGGUUCCAUUAGCAAAGCAGCAGAUCGAAGAAAGAAGAUCAUUUCUUCAAACUAUUUCACAAUUCUUAUCAAAUAUCUUGCCGAAUUGGGUUACCGGAGGACAAAAUGUACAAAAACCAACUAACGAUAGUGACAAUAACACUCUGGCUACAAGUGGACCUGACAGUGUUGUUUCAAACGGGCCAAAUGCUAUUUCAGAAAAUAAUAUGAAUUCAGCUUCCGAAAGUAAUGUGGCCACAGGAAUUUCUGAUGCUUCGGCAUCUGCUACUCAAUCUAAUAAUGGUGUAGCUACUGGAAGCAAUGUUACACCAUCUAGUUCCGACGCAAAUGCUUCUGGUUCUGGUCAGAUUCCCACAGAUGGUACUGGUGAGGAUGCUCAAAAUAAUAUUAACGAAAAUACCAAACCUCCAAGCACAAAUGUAGUUAGUUCAGCAGAUACGAAUGGUUCCUCAGGAAUCAAUGAAGUACCAUCUACAGAUGUGGUUUCUUCCAUUAAUAGUGAAACUCCUUCAGAAGGUAACGGUGCAGCCUCAGUAAAUGGCAAUAACAUUGAAUCUACAAAUGUAAUAAAUAAUGCUCCAUCCGUAGCUGAUAGUGUUACUCCUUCGGAAAAUACUAAUGACGUUUCGGUCGUUAGCAAUAACAACGAAAACACAAGUGUUCCAGAUUCAGCUGUAAAUCUUAGUGUACCUUCAACCAAUGUGAAUGCUAAUGGAGUGACUUCUGCUAGUACUACAAAUAUGAAUGAGAUUCCACUGACAAGUGAUGAUGCAAUUUCUUCGGCAAACGGUCCUGAUAGCAGUGCCAACGUUAAUUCGCCAAGUGUAGCCGAUGGAGCUUUAAGUGAAAAUCCGGCUGUAGUGACGUCAGAAGGUAGUGAAGGCAUCUCUAUUGAUACCUCCAACUUGCCGUCAGUUACUGAUAAUGCUCCGUCCGGAAGCCCUGAUGCAGUCUCUAUCGGAAGCGCUGACACAACUUCAAUAAAUAAUGUUGGCAAUCCAUCUUCAAGCGUUAGUAUAGAUACAGCCCCUUCUGAAAAUAGUGAUGCAUCCCCAACAAUUGACGGUGAAAAUCCAACAUCAAAUGUGGUUGACAAUGUUGCCGUUCCAAUUCCUACUGUAAUAUCUUCCGAAGGAAAUGAAGCAGCGCCUGAUAGCAGUGCCAACGUAAAUGCUCCAAGUAUUGUCGAUGGAGCCUUAAGUGGAAACUCAGCUGUAGUGAUAUCAGAAGGUAGUGAAGGCAUCUCUAUUGAUAGCUCCAACUUGCCGUCAGUUACUGAUAAUGCACCAUCCGUAAACCCCGAUACAGUCUCUAUCGGAAGCGGUGACACAACUUCAAUAAAUAAUGUUGGCAAUCCAUCUUCAAACGUUAAUCUAGAUACAGCCCCUUCUGAAAAUAGUGAUGCAUCCCCAACAAUUAACGGUGAAAAUCCAACAUCAAAUGUGGCUGAAAAUGUUGAUGCUCCAACUCCUACUGUGACAUCUGCUGUAGGAAAUGAAGCAACUCUUGAUAACAGUGCCAUCGUUAAUUCACCAAGUAUAGUUGAUGAAGCCUUAAAUGAAAAUCCUGAUAUAGUGACGUCAGAAGGUAGUGAAGGCAUCUCUAUUGGUACCUCCAACGUGCCAGUUACUGAUAAUGCUCCACCCAUAAACCUCGAUACAGUCUCUACCGGGAGCAGUGACACAACGUCUGUAAACAAUGAAGGCAACCCAUCUUCGAGCGUGGCUGGAAAUGCUGCGGGUUCUGAUGUUGUUCACGCCGAAGGUAACGAAGUUGAAUCCAUCAACAGUGGCAAUGCUGCGUCAUCAGAUACGGUCUCUUCGGGAGGCACUGAAGCGCCUUCGUCUAGCGGUGAUGUAGGAGCACCCCCGGUUAUUGUUGAUGUUGUCUCCUCGAGUGUGACGGAAAGUGUACCCAUCACAGAUUCUAGCCUAGCUUCUUCUACUAACAGCAACACAGUAUCUGUAAACAACGAUAAUGUCGAGUUGACAAAUGUAGCCGACAAUACUUCUCCUGUAAAUAAUAUUGAAGUCCUUCCUGAAGUCAGCGAAUCGGCAAGUUCUGUUGAUGUUGUGUCAUCAAAUGCAGUUAACAAUGUCGAUGUUGCAUCCGUAAAUACUGAUGAAAUUGCAACUGACAUUAUUCCAUCAGAGAGCACCAGCCCUGUUACUUCAGUUGGAAUAAACGAACCUGCCAUUGGAAGUAAUAACAUAGAUAUUGUUAACGCUACUGAAGCUGCUCCUUUAGAUUCAUCUAAUACUGCCUCAGAUUUAAAUACUGAUAUUGGUGCAAAUGAUAACAACGCGGACACCACAAUUGCACCAGAAAUAAUAAAUGCAGUACAAACACAAGAACAAGGCAUUGAUACUUCCGGCCAAACAGUUUCUGUUGUAACUGAAAGCCCAGUUGAUGCUGAAAAAGGAAAUGAAAUAGUUACAACAGUCAGUGAAACAACUAGUAAUAUGAACACGGUUUCUCCUGUAGUGGCUGAAACCUCUGCACCCAGUGAAGCACCCCAGGUAGAAACGAGUCAAAGUACAGUAGCUGAUGCAGUGACACCCGUAGAAUUAUUAAUACCGUUAAUACCAACCCCUGUAGUAGUCAUAAAUGGUAUUACGAUACCUGAUGAACCUGGUGCUUCAGUAGUUGAAAUAUUACCACAAUAAUAAUUCAGCGUGGGCAAUAUAAGAUAUGCCAGCCAGUUAGUAUGUUGUAUGAAUAAUAAAUUAUUAAUUUAACAAAUAUGUGUAA